ACCUUCUUCUAUAAAUGACCCCACAUUCUCUUUAUGUCACCACCCACCCCCUUCUCCUUUCUUUGAUAUCUACAGUGGUUCUUUUGAAGGGGUUUGUGUCUGCUUGCAACAACAAUGGCUGUGCCUAGGCUACUAGUUGUUUUGAUCCUGGCCCUCAUUGCCAUUUCCAUGCUUCAAACAAUGAUUAUGGCAUCUCAUGGACAUGGAGGCCACCACUACAAUGACAAGAAAAAAUUUGGACCUGGCAGUCUCAGGAGCUACCAAUGCCCUUCCCAAUGCACGAGGAGGUGCAGCAGGACCCAGUACCACAAGCCCUGCAUGUUUUUCUGCCAGAAGUGCUGUAGAAAAUGCCUGUGUGUGCCUCCGGGGUAUUAUGGGAAUAAAGCUGUGUGCCCUUGCUACAACAACUGGAAGACCAAGGAAGGAGGCCCCAAAUGCCCUUAAUUAACCUUCUUCAUCAUAUUAACAAACAUACCCUUAAAUUUAAUUAUUUCCCAUAUCAUAUCAUAUAAUAUAAUUAAUUUCCUUAGUCCUCUCUAUGCCUUGAUUAAUCAAAUACAUAUCCAUUUUGGCCUCUUAGUAAUACUUUGUAUUGAGGAUGCCUUUCAGAGAUAGUGUGUGGGCUCCUCUUCAUGCUUUUAAAUGAAGUGUCUAAUACUGUUGCUGUUUGUCAUCUAUGUUGAGCUUUUCAUGAUUUGUUAUCAUCUUUUUCUCCCUUUAUUGUAUGAACAAUGGCAGGCAGUUAUUAACUUAUUAUCAUGUUUACAAUAUCA